GAACCUUUCCAAAGCAGUAGAAGCUGCGAAAGGCAACACGUUGCCUCUCACGUCCUCUCUGCUGCUCCUCGAGAGUUUCAGAGCUUCGUCGCCUCGAUCGACGCCUCUUCUAAACCGUAAUUCCGGCGAGGAGAUCCAAUUCGGUCGGCCCCUCCCACUGCUCGCCUCGUCGGAUUCCCGGAUCCCGGCCUCCUCCGAUCUGUUCGGCCUUGCAUGGUAACUGUUGAUCAAUAUUGAAUUCGAUCGGAGGAUUGAUACUUGAAUUGGUUGGAUUCGUGCAAGAAUGGGGGCGAAGCAGGUCUGGAUUCCGUUAUGGCUUUUGUUUCUUCUGUUCGACUCUUGUCGGGGAAGGUUCAUGGUGGAGAAGAACAGCCUGAGGGUCACGUCUCCGGAUUCGCUGAAAAACGUAUACGAGUGCGCUAUUGGAAACUUUGGCGUGCCUAAUUAUGGCGGAACAUUGGCAGGGAUCGUGGUGUAUCCAAAGGCUAACCGGAAGGCUUGCAAGAGCUUCGAGGAAUUCGACGUCUCUUUCAAGCCCAAAUCUGGAGCUUUCCCCACCUUUGUUCUUGUCGACAGAGGAGAUUGCUUCUUCACUGAAAAAGCAUGGAAUGCACAGAAGGCUGGAGCUGCAGCUAUCCUUGUUGCUGAUAAUAAAGAAGAGCCUUUAAUAACAAUGGAUACACCUGCGGAAGAUGAUGACAAGGCGGACUAUCUUGAGAAGAUCACUAUUCCCUCAGCACUUAUCACUAAGAGUUUUGGAGACAGCUUAAAGAAGGCGAUUGAGGAUGGUGAAAUGGUUAGUGUCAAUUUGGAUUGGAGGGAAUCUUUACCGCAUCCUGAUGACCGUGUGGAAUAUGAAUUUUGGACAAACAGUAAUGAUGAAUGUGGAGCUAAAUGUGACAGCCAAAUACAGUUUGUGAAGAACUUCAAAGGAGCAGCUCAGAUACUAGAGAAAAAAGGUUAUACCCAGUUUACCCCACAUUACAUUACAUGGUAUUGCCCUGAAGCCUUUCUUUCGAGCAAGCAAUGCAAGUCCCAAUGCAUUAAUCAUGGAAGAUACUGUGCACCCGAUCCGGAGCAGGAUUUUAGCAAGGGGUACGAUGGGAAAGAUGUUGUGAUCCAAAAUUUGCGUGAAGUCUGUUUCUUUAAGGUUGCUAAUGAGAGUGGAAAGCCUUGGCUGUGGUGGGACUAUGUAACUGACUUUGCAAUCCGUUGUCCUAUGAAGGAUAAGAAGUACACAAAAGACUGUGCUGAAAAAGUUAUUGAAUCACUUGGUGUGAAUCUUAUGAAAAUAAACAAAUGCAUGGGAGACCCUGAUGCAAAUGAAGAUAAUUCAGUGCUUAAAGCAGAACAAGAUGCUCAGAUUGGAAAAGAUUCCCGUGGAGAUGUUACAAUUUUACCAACUCUUGUUAUUAAUAAUAGACAAUACAGAGGCAAGCUGGAUAAAACUGCUGUGCUUAAAGCAAUUUGUGCUGGUUUCCAAGAGGCAACUGAACCAGCUGUUUGUUUGAGUGAAGAUAUACAAACAAAUGAAUGUCUGGAGAAUAACGGUGGAUGCUGGAAGGAUAAGGACUCUAGUAUUACUGCAUGCAAGGACACUUUCCGUGGAAGACUUUGUGAGUGCCCUGUUGUUAAAGGUGUGCAAUUUGUUGGUGAUGGAUAUACCCAUUGUGAAGCAUCAGGAUCUGGGCGGUGUGAAAUUAACAAUGGAGGAUGUUGGAAGAAAGAACACGAGGGGAGAACUCACUCAGCCUGUGUGGAUGAUGGUUGCAAGUGCCCACCAGGCUUUAAGGGGGAUGGAAUCAACUGUGAAGAUGUGGAUGAAUGCAAGGAAAGGACAGCAUGCCAAUGUUCUGGGUGCAAAUGCAAGAACACAUUUGGUAGUUAUGAGUGCAGCUGUGGCGGUGAUUUGCUAUACAUGAGGGAACAUGACACUUGCAUAAGUCAAAAUGCUUCUACAGAGGUUGGCUGGGGCUUUUUAUGGGUUAUUUUUUUCGGUAUAGUCAUAGCUGGAGUUGGAGCUUAUGCUGUAUACAAAUACAGAAUCCGGACUUACAUGGACUCAGAGAUCCGAGCUAUCAUGGCGCAGUACAUGCCUCUCGACAGCCAGGAAGGGCAAAGCCAUGUACACCAUGGCAAUAUCUGAGGUGGUCUUGAUGUCACUUGCCUUUUAUCGUGACCAUGUCUACUACAAAGUACAAUGCCUGUCUAUUUUGGGAAUCGCCUGAUACUUUUUUGUGCAGGAAACUAUGAAAACUCGCUUGUAGAUGAAGUUUAUGAACUUUUUACUUCAUUUGUAAACUUUUAGAAGAUAAAUAUGUUCGUACGGGGAUAAUUGAAUC